CUAUUAAUAUUAGGGUUUUCUGGGUUUGUGAUGACGAUCUAAUCGAAUUAUUUUAUAUUCAUUUUUUUUUAAUCUUUUAUGUUUCAAACAUAGGGUUCUUAGUGCAUUGAGAUCGAAUUAUAUUUGAUUUUUUUUUUCUUUUUGGUUACAUUUUAAAUGGUUUCAUUCAUUUUUUUGCGUUGCAAUUUUAUUGAAUUUCUGGAGAAGUGAAUUUUGCGGGAUUUUUUUUGGAAGGUGGAUUGGAAUUGGCUAGUUUUAAUUUUGUGGAGGUCGAGAAUAUGGCUGACUUUGAUGAAUAUAUGGCUGAUGAGUAUGACAUGGAUGAUCUCGAGGAUGAUAUGAAUGCCGAGUUUGAUGGUAGGGAUAUUGAUGCUUCUGAUUCUGAAGUUGAAGAUUUUGACCAAGACCAAUUGAACAAGUCUGCAGCAGAUACUUCUGCUGCUCAAGCACGGAAUGGGAAGGAUAUUCAGGGUAUACCGUGGGAUAGACUUAGCGUUACUAGAAAAGAUUAUAGAAAAACUAGGCUAGAACAGUAUAAAAACUAUGAAAAUAUCCCCAACUCGGGUGAGGAAUCUGCAAAGAAAUGCAUGGAUACUGAGAAAGGCAGCUCUUUCUAUACGUUCAGGAGGAAUUCUAGAUCAGUGAGAUCAACCAUUCUCCAUUUUCAGUUGAGGAAUCUGGUCUGGGCAACCUCAAAACAUGAUGUUUAUCUAUUGUCCAACUACUCCAUCAGCCACUGGUCUUCUUUGACGGGUUGCAGAAAUGAAAUUCUUAAUGUUAAAGGUCAUGUGGCUCCAUCUGAGAAACAUCCGGAGAGUUUGUUGGAAGGGUUUACAGAGACUCAAGUUAGCACUCUUGCAGUAAAAGAAAGGCUGCUGGUUGCUGGUGGAUUUCAGGGAGAACUUAUUUGCAAGCAUCUUGAUAGACCUGGUGUGAGCUUCUGUUCACGUACAACUUACACCGAAAACGCUAUCACCAAUGCAGUAGAUAUAUAUAGAAACUCCAGCGGUGCACUUCAUUUCAUGGCCUCAAAUAAUGACUGUGGAGUCCGAGACUUUGACAUGGAGAGAUAUCAGCUUGUCCAACUCUUUCGUUAUCUAUGGCCUGUCAAUCAUAGCUCCCUAAGUCCUGAUGGGAAACUAGUAGCAGUCGUUGGAGAUGACCCAGAUGGUUUACUGGUAGACGCAAGCAAUGGACAGACGAUCGGGACUCUAAAAGGCCACUUAGAUUAUUCGUUUGCAUCGGCUUGGCAUCCAAACGGUGUAACAUUUGCGACAGGAAACCAAGACAAGACCUGUCGUAUUUGGGACACAAGGAAACUCUCGGAAUCAGUUGCUGUCCUAAAAGGUAACCUAGGAGCUGUACGGUCCAUUAGGUUCACAUCGGACGGACAGUACGUUGCAAUGGCCGAGCCAGCAGAUUUCGUCCAUAUAUAUGACACAAAACAAGGUUACAAAAAGGAGCAAGAGAUUGAUUUCUUUGGAGAGAUAUCUGGGAUUUCGUUCAGUCCAGAUACUGAAUCUCUCUUCAUCGGUGUUUGGGACCGGACUUAUGGAAGUCUCUUGGAGUAUGGUCGAACCAGAGACUACACUUAUCUCGAUUCAUUACUUUGAUGGAAGAUCAAAUUUUAAGUCUUUUAAAACAUAAAAGUAAUCUAUUAUAUAUCUGGUUAGGUUUCAUAAAUCAUACCGACAAAGAAAAGAAAAAAAGAGAGAAAGAGACCAUUGUUCGAUUCCGAAGCUGUUCAUUUGUGUAAUUUGAUAUGUUGUGCUUUUAAAAUGUACAUUUUCCAUGGACUACUUGGGAAUUGUUUUGGGAUCCAUAACCAUAAAGUCAAAAUCUGAAAACUCCCUUGGAAGAUCGUUUAGACUUUUGAUUUGAUU